UGGGUUGUCCAUCUCAUAAGAAACAAGGACCAAGAGUUUUUUUCAAAAACAAGAAUCAACAAAAUUUGGUUUUGGUUUUUUUGUUUGGUUCUACCUAUAACCGAACUAACCAAGUUCUUAUAUUGGUUUACCAAGCUAACAAAAAGAAAAUAAAAAGCAGUUGCCACCGUUUAAAGGAUGUAGUAGACAGAAAAAGAUAAGAUGAUGUAGUAGACACAAAAAAGAAGACGAUGCACUGUCCAAAGGAUAGGAAAGGCCUAGAGAGGGGGAGGUUAAUUGGCUUUUAAAAACUUAAAACUCGAUUCAACGGAUUAGCAUAAUGCGGAGGUUUUACAAAUUCUCGCGGAAGUUUUAGAAGGAUAGGUAGUGAACAUUUGAUUCCUCAUAAGCUUACCACUUUAUGUCUGUCUUAAUGGUAUGACUUUUCCUAUACUCAAAUUUAAAAUAGAAAUUGAAUGUAAGCUUUUAUUUGGCCAAAGUCAGAGAAAUGAUAUCAUAAUAUAGUAAAUAAUUCAAGUUGAGUGAUGGACAAGAUGAGCGUGCUAGGGUGUGUAGCUUCUGAUGGCAGGGAUUCAGACUUCAGAGUGUACAAAGACACUGCUUGGAACAUACACGCAUCAACAUACACGCAUCAAUGAACUAAGUUCUUACUUCAAAUUAAACCGAUUAGAAGAUGUUGGACCAAUAAGCACCCACCUAGAUAGUUGUCAUAUUAAAUUGAACAAAUUAGAAGAUGUUGGACUAACAUGCACCCACUUAAUUAGUUGUUGUAUGGUGAGUGCAAUUUACUCUUAGUUUUUUCGUUUACAUUUAAUGUUUCAUGCAUGUGUCGAAAGAUUUGAUAAGAUAGGUGAAUAGUUUUUGGGUGGGGAAUUGAACAAGGCCUAAACCGAGAAGAGGAACCAACGAAGCCAUGAUUUGUAGCUCCACCUGCUCUGUUCUACCGUGUCACUACAGUUACCAACAGUGCCGGAGCAGAUAGGCGUGGCUGCUGGCCUGCUGCUAGUUUUCCUCAACACUGGGCUGGGGGUGGGCCGAUCCAAGCCAACCUUUCCAGGUCUCUUGGACCAGUUCCCUGAAACCAUCCACUUUUAACAAGUGGUUUUCGAGUUAGAAAAUGCAGUCUUCCUUGUGUUGGUCUCUUGCCGAUUGAGAAUGAUCGGGCAAUGGUCUAAUGCUCCAGUCAAGACUCAAGAGGCGUUCUGUUAGAGGAUGUCAUGUUAUCACCUUAGAGCACCUCCAGUGUGUAGAAAAAGCGAACCGUGGGCGAACCAUCGACACUCCAGUGUGCGAACCAUAAUUGUCAGUCUUCAAAUCGGUUGCUACAGACCGUUUGGAUCAAAGGGAAUAAAAUAAGCGGCUGCGCAUACAUGCAAGCUAUGGACGCAUGCUAGAGAUGAGAAGAGAACUACUUUUAGGUUUGUUUAUUAGACUCAUCUAUUUAGCACUAGAGCGGUCGAACUUCUAUCCACCGAAUCCAAGUGUGUCAGUUCGGUUCGAUCUCCACACUGGAGGUGCCCUUAUUAUCCAGAUAGCAGAUACCUAAGCAUCUCCAUCUGCGUAUGAACAUCUUGUCAGUUGCCACACAGAUACCUGAACAUCUCCAUCUGCGUAUGAACAUAGGCAUUGGGUGCAUCAUCAACACCUCGUUGCUUAGCAAUAUCUUAUGUGUUAUGAUGUUGGUUAUUGGCGCCAUAGUAUAAUCCCCUUCCUCUUUCUCUCUUGACAACGAACGCCGUAGCAUCAUGACAGCAGCUCUUUGCUCCAAUCAGACAGCUGUGCAGACCCGUUCCGUUGUUCCGUCUGCAAGCAACCCCUAUGAGAGCGACCUUCAAAAGAUGAUUGUUGCAUUCUUCGUCCCGGCUGCACCCUAUUAAACAUGCGGCUACAUUUGUACUAAUCCAUAUGAAAUCAUGCCUGCUAGUAUAAAGUAAUACGGCCUACUGCAGGCUGGGAUCAACGAAUGGCAUCUGCAUCGCGGAGCGAGACUUCGAGGACCGAAUCAAAGCACCCGAGCCGCGACAAAUGGCCACCGCGCUAUUGACUUGAACGAUCUCGUCCUUUGGAUUGCCGGACUACAUGUUAGCUACGCUAUGCAGUUUAAUCAAGCUGUCAUCGCCUCACUACUUCACAGCCUCAAUUAGCCAAGGAGCUCACAGAAAAGCAGCCCGUGACACCGACACCGAGAGCGAAAUGGAACCUCGCCAUUUCUGCUGCGCUUUGCUGCUUCUCCUCGGCCUCCGGCAAGCCGGUGCCCAGGACAACACAAACUACACCGUCCCCGCGCAGUUCGCCUGUAACGUGUCGUCGUCGCCGCCGCCGUGCGACACGUACGUGGUGUACCGGACGCAGUCCCCGGGGUACCAGGACCUCGGCAGUAUCUCGGACCUCUUCGGCACGAGCCAGGCCCGGAUCGCCAGCGCCAACGGUCUCAGCUCCGAGGACGGCGUGCUGCAGCCAGGCCAGCCGCUGCUCGUGCCCGUCAGCAAGUGCGGCUGCACGGGCGGCUGGUCCUUCGCCAACGUCACGUACCCGAUCCGGCAAGGCGACACCUUCUUCAACCUCGCCAGAGUCUCCUACGAGAACCUCACCCUGUACCAACUCAUCCAAAAUCUGAACCCGAGGUCGGUACCCACCAGUCUACAGGUCGGGCAGGAGGUCACGGUGCCGCUCUUCUGCCGGUGCCCGGCUCCCGCUGAGCGGAGCAGCUUCAUCACCUACGUGUGGCAAGCAGGGGACACCAUGUCCCAGGUGAGCAAGCUGAUGAACACCACCGAGGACGAGAUCGCCGAGGCCAACAACGUCACUAGCAGCUCUGCCUCCGCGUCCCUCGUGGGGCAGCCGAUGCUGAUCCCAGUUCAACAGCGGCCGCGGCUUCCGCCGCUGCACUACGCUGCUAGUGCAGGCGACGGCAAGUCCCGGUGGCGACGUCGGGCUGUCAUCAUAGGCGCCAGCGUCUCGGGGUCUGUCGUCGCGCUCGCCGCCUUGUUCGUGGCGAUCCUGGCGCUCCGAAGGUACCGAAAGAAGCCGUCGAUGCGCCUGGGUUCACGGUUCGCCGUGAACACCAAGCUCACUUGGUCCAGGAACCAAUUCGGCCAUGACAGCAGUAAUUCCUUCGCUCACAUGAUGAAACUGAAAGGAGGCAAGCUGCUAACCGGCGUGUCGGAGUUCAUCGACAAGCCCAUCAUCUUCUUGGAAGAGGAGAUCAUGGAGGCCACGAUGAACCUUGACGAGCGGUGCAAGAUCGGCAGCACGUACUACCGGGCGAAGCUCGACGGGGAGGUGUUUGCGGUGAAGCCAGCGAAAGGCGACGUGUCGGCGGAGUUGAAGAUGAUGCAGAUGGUCAACCACGCCAACUUGAUCAAGCUGGCCGGCAUAUCCAUCGGCACUGACGGGGACUACGCGUUCCUGGUGUACGAGUUCGCCGAGAAGGGCUCGCUCGACAAGUGGCUGUACCAGAAGCCACCGUCGGCGCUGCCGUCGUCGUCGUGCUGCACCGUGGCAACUCUCUCGUGGGGCCAGAGGCUGAGCAUCGCGCUGGACGUCGCCAACGGCCUACUCUACAUGCACGAGCACACGCAGCCGAGCAUGGUGCACGGCGACAUCCGCGCGCGGAACAUCCUCCUGACGGCGGAAUUCAGGACCAAGAUAUCAGGCUUCUCCCUGGCCAAGCCAGCCACGGCCGACGCCGCCGCGACGAGCUCCGACGUGUUCGCCUUCGGGCUGCUCCUCCUGGAGCUCCUGUCCGGCAGGAGGGCGAUGGAGGCGCGCGUCGGCUCGGAGAUCGGCAUGCUGUGGAGGGAGAUCCGUGGCGUGCUUGACGCCGGCGACAAGAGGGAGGCGAAGCUGGGCAAGUGGAUGGACCCCGCUCUGGGAAGCGAGUACCACAUGGACGCGGCUCUUAGCCUGGCCGGCAUGGCGAGGGCCUGCACUGAGGACGACGCGGCGAGGCGGCCGAACAUGACCGAGGUUGUGUUCAGCCUCUCCGUGCUGGUGCAGCCAUUGACAGUGGCCGACGGAUUCGAGAAGAUGUGGCAACCCAGUUCGGACGACAACAUUCGGAUGGCCAGCUCGGUGUCAGCUCGAUAAAAUGAAAACAAAACUUUUUGUGCAAAUUUGAAAUCCAGGGUCUACUAUUUGUCGUCUUCAGU